GGGCGAGAGAGGCCGGAGGCUGUCCUGGCAGGCCACCAUUGGGCAAGCCCGAGGAUGACGUAGUAGCCACGCGCCUUCAGGUUCAGGCAGCCGCGGCCACCGCGUUUGCGCACGAGGAAGCUGGUUGCCGCUGCAGCCGCCUGGAAUUGUGGGGCUUGUGUCUGCCCCUCGGCUGCCGUGGGAAGCCGAAGAGAACCUUCAUGGGUCUGCUGCUGUGCCCUGUGCUGACUGAGCGGCCGCCUUGUCCUCUGGUUCACCAUCCAAUGAAGAUUGGGCUUCAGCUUCCAGCAUUGAGAUUCCCUAAAGGCCGUGGCCAGUCUGGAGAGGGACAGGUCCUGACUAUGGCUCCUCAGCACCUGUAUUCCACCAGAAGGGCUCCUCUAGGAAUGCUGCUUGGGCUGCUGGUGACUUCCUGGUUCACUUCCUGCCUCAGCUGUCAGAACUCAAAUAAUUUUGCGCUCACCAGCACAGAGAAGAGGAUCCACAAGGAAUCAGAGACAAAGGAAACCAGAGGAGAAGAGGAGCUGGACUCUGAGAUCCUGGAGGUGUUUCAGCCGACUCAAGAGUGGCAGGUUCUUCGACCAGGUCAGGCUGUUCCUGCAGGAUCCCAUGUGCGACUGAAUCUACAGACUGGAGCAAGAGAGGUGAAACUCCAACAAGAAGACAAAUUCCAGAAUAAUUUGAAAGGAUUUAAAAAAGGCAAAAGGCUGGACAUCAACACCAACACCUACACAUCUCAGGACCUCAAGAGUGCACUGGCCAAAUUCAAGGAGGGAGUGGAGACGGAGAAGUCAAAGGAUGAGCAGGCAAGGCAGGCCACGGUAAAGCAGCUCUUCCGCCCCAUUGAGGAGCUAAAGAAGGAAUUUGAUGAGCUGAAUGUUGUUCUCGAGACUGACAUGCAGAUUAUGGUACGGCUGAUAAACAAGUUCAACAGCUCCAGCUCUAGCCUAGAAGAGAAGGUCGCUGCCCUCUUUGAUCUUGAGUACUAUGUCCAUCAGAUGGAUAAUGCACAGGACCUGCUGUCCUUCGGUGGUCUUCAGGUGGUGAUUAACGGGCUCAACAGCACAGAACCCCUGGUGAAGGAGUACGCUGCCUUUGUGUUGGGGGCCGCCUUUUCCAGGUGAGCGGCAGGACGGAUUGCCAUCGGUCUAAC